GCAAAAACAAAAGAAGAAUCACAAAAACAAAUUGAGAAGCACAAUUACAUUAAGCAAACCGGAAAGGGUAGGUACCAGUCGGCAACAGGAGACAUCACUGAUUGGAUGUCCGCGCUGUUCGUCUUUGGAACCGGAAGUUACUCUGCCUGUAGCGCAUUUCGUUUGAAAAACGGCGGAAUGUUUUGUCCUAGCUAUGGGAAAAAGCUGGUUGAGGAGUCACCAAACUUUUGCAGCGGCUGUGGCGAGAGGCUUUAUCACGCAUCUUGCAUCGGAGACACUUCACUCCCAUUGAAUAAAUGUCGGCUUGAUGACCAUUAAAAGGGUGGUUUGAAGCCAUACCGUGGAAAAACUAUUUUCCUAACAACAGACCCUGACGCUACUGCCACAAGUCUGCUCAAUCAAGCUGUUAAAAAAAUGAAGGACUUUAACAAAGAUCUAAAAGAUGGACCUUUCCUUCUUCUGUAUCCGGAUGGCACUGAGGUCAUUACUGUCCCUGGAACACAAAGACCAUUUACACUUGAGGCUUAUAAGGCUGAAGUUGGCAAGCCUUAUCAAAGAAUCACUGUUUUCAUCUGCUUGAAGAGUGACUUUGAAGAUGUUGGAGAAAACUCAGACUUGUCUGACUCUGACCCAGAGAUUGUUAUUAAAAGGCCCUCUGAGUUUGAUCUUGCUGAUACAUUGCCAUGGGAACUUCAACAUGACAGCAGUCCUUUACAGAAAGCAGCAGAAUAUGAGGUGCUGGGGAUCUUGUGCUUGCUAAUGAAGUACAACAGAGACACCAAUUUGCAGGCACAUGGAAUUAUUGCAAAUUUGGGACUGGAACUUGACCACAAGAAGGUCAGCAGGUUCAAUAUAUCAAGGUCAGCUGUAUGGGAUGGAGCUGUUAGAGGAUUUCGACGCAGCACAUACUCUGACAACUACGACAUGUUCAUCAAGUUUAAUGAUGAUGCUGGCAGCUUUGAAGAAGGUUUGGAUACAGGUGGCCCGAGGCGUGAAUUCCUCACACUUCUUAUGGGCAGUCUGCGAAAUCGCCCCAUCUUUGAUGGACCUCCAGAGAGCCGUUAUCUUGUAUAUAAUUCAAGAGGUGGAUGUUUUCUCCGUAAUUAUUACAAUGGAAAUUUUAAUAAAAAUUGGCGUAUUUUUUUCAUUAGCAUAUUUAAUAGCAAUUAACCAUGAUAAUUAUGUGCCCUGUA